AUGGCUUCUACAGGGCCGAACAGUUCGCUCUCCCUCUCCACUCGCCUUCUCUGUUACUUGGGUCCUCCAUCCGCCCUUCUGCUCAUAGCCAGCACAUCUCCAAAAACCGCCCUUCUCUCUCCUCUAAGUCUAGUUCCAACAGCCGUGUUCUACAAGAAAUGGAGGAAACGCAGCAAUGCCUCUCCCGCUCGACACGCGGAGCUAGAGCCACUCAUCUGGACUUUCACCUUGAGCGGCACCCUCGGUUUAGCCGCCGCAGCGGCGGUCCAAAUGGGCAUUUGCCAAGCCGUCAGCGCUGCCCUCUUCUCCUCUGAGGAGCUACGCACAGAGUUCUGGACUGAGUUCGGUCGUACGACUAUUGCCGAGUUAACAGAGGAGCAACUACUCCGCCGUGCCGAACUAGCUUCCUCGUGGCAGAACUGGGUUUUCAACGGCGCAUUGACGUACGUUGCCGCUGGUCUAGUCGAGGAACUCCUGAAAUAUGUUCCGGUCAUCUAUGCGCGACGGAGAGACGCCAAGAAGAAACAACGCCGCGAUAGGGCGUACAUCGACUACGUCCUUGCCAGUGCAUUAGGCUUCAGUGUCGUUGAGAACAUCGGGUUUAUUUAUUCAGCCUGCGAGGGAGGCCGGGAGAGCUGGCCGAAAUUAUUGCUGACGUUCGUCGAGAGAGUGGUGUUGGGUCAACUGGGGCAUCUUUCUGUGGCUUGUCUGACGGCGCUGCGGGCUACGCGGAGGGAUUAUCAUGGGGACUCGUUAGGGCUGUGGGAAGUGAUUGGGCCCGCGGUCUUGUUUCAUGGGACGUAUAAUUUUGCGCUCAUGAGUGUCAGUGCUAUGGAGGGGAAUGUGGGUUGGAUUCAUCCAAACGGACUGCGGAAUUCGGUGUUGGUGCUCGGGUUGGUUUCGGGGAUGAUUGGGCUGGCUGUUCGGAAGGUGAAACGGGAGUGGAGAAAGGUGCAGAAGUAUGAGCAGGCCCGUUUGAAAGAUGAGGAGAGUCGGAAAUAG